AAGAUUGCCAAUGAAGUUGGAGAAAGGAGAGAGGAAGAAAAAGGGAAAAGUAAUAUAGGCGACGUCAAUUUCAACUCUAAAGAUUUCCAGAACGCCAUAGACUGCCAUGAACGAGACCUCAAAAUUUCAAAAGAAGUGGGAGACAGGGUAGGAGAAGGAAAAGCGUACUGUAAUCUUGGCAACGCCUAUCACAGUCAUGGAGAUUUUCAGAAAGCCACAGAGUACCAUGAACGACACCUCAAAAUUUCGAAAGAAGUGGGAGACAGGGCAGGAGAAGAAAGAGCGUACUGUAAUCUUGGCAACGCCUAUUACAGUCUUGGAGAUUUCCAGAAAGCCAUAGAGUACCAUGAAGAAGACCUAAAAAUUUCGAAAGAAGUGGGAGACAGGGAAGGAGAAGGAGGAGCUUAUAGUAAUCUUGGCAACGCCUAUGACAGUCUUGGAGAUUUUCAGAAAGCCUUGGCGUACCAUGAACGAGACCUAAAAAUUUCGGCAGAAGUGAGAGACAGGGCAGGAGAAGGACGAGCGUAUUGUAAUCUUGGCAACUCCUAUUAUAGUCUUGGAGAUUUCCAGAAAGCCAUAGAGUACCAUGAACGAGACCUUAAAAUUUCGAAAGAAGUAGGAGACAGGGCAGGACAAGGAGGAGCGUAUGGUAAUCUUGGCAACGCCUAUCACAGUCUGGGAGAUUUUCAGAAAGCCAUAGAGUACCAUCAACGAUACCUCAAAAUUUCGACAGAAGUGGGAGACAGGGCAGGAGAAGGACGAGCGUAUGGUAAUCUUGGCAACGCCUAUGAGAAUCUUGGAGAUUUCAAGACAGCCAUAGAGUACCAUGAACGAGACGUUAAAAUUUCGAAAGAAGUGGGAGACAAGGUAGGAGAAGGAGGAGCGUAUGGUAAUCUUGGCAACGCCUAUAACAGACUUGGAGAUUUCAAGAAAGCCAUAGAGUACCAUCAACGACACCUCAAAAUUUCGAAAGAAGUGGGAGACAGGGCAGGAGAAGGACGAGCGUAUGGUAAUCUUGGCAACGCCUAUGAGAAUCUUGGAGAUUUCAAGACAGCCAUAGAGUACCAUGAACGAGACGUUAAAAUUUCGAAAGAAGUGGGAGACAGGGCAGGAGAAGGAACAGCGUACGGUAAUCUUGGCAACGCCUAUAACGAACUUGGAGAUUUCCAGAAAGCGAUAGAGUACUAUAAAAGAGGCCUCGAAAUUUCAAAAGAAGUGGGAGACAGGGCAGGAGAAGGAACAGCGUACGGUAAUCUUGGCAACGCCUAUAACAGUCUUGGAGAUUUUCAGAAAGCUAUAGAGUACCAUGAACGAGAUUUCACAAUUUCGAAAGAAGUAGGAAACAGGGCUGGAGAAGGAAGAGCGUACUGUAAUCUUGGCAACGCCUUUACAAAUCUUGGAGAUUUCCAGAAAACCGUAGAGUACUAUGAACGAUACCUCAAAAUUUCGAAAAAAGUGAAAGACAGGGCAGGAGAAGGACGAGCGUAUGGUAAUCUUGGCAACGCCUAUGACAGUCUUGGAGAUUUUGAGAAAGCCAAAGAGUACCAUGAACGACAUCUCAAAAUUUCGAGAGAAGUUGGAGAUAAGGCCGAAGAAGGAAGAGCGUACGGUAGUCUUGGCAACGUCUAUAACGCUCUUGGAGAUUUCCAGAUAGCCAUAGAGUACCAUGAACAACUCCUGGAAACUUCGAAAGAAGUGGGAGACAGGGUAGGAGAAGGAUUAGCGUACGGUAAUCUUGGCUACGCCUAUGACAAUCUUGGAGAGUUUGAGAAAGCCAUAGAGUAUCAUGAGCGACACCUGAAAAUUUCGAAAGAAGUGGGAGACAGGGCAGGAGAAGGAGGAGCGUACUUUAAUCUUGGCAACGCCUUUCACAAUCUUAGAGAAUUGGAGAAAGCCGUUCACUAUUAUAAGAAGAGUGUUAUGGCCUUCGACCAUAUCAGAACAAAUCUUAUAUCUAAUGACGAAUGGAAGAUUAGCCUUAGGAGUACGUAUGAAAAUAUUAAUUUGAGGCUAUGGGGGUUGCAGUUUAACGAAGGUAAAGUCGUUGAGGCACUUUUAACUGCUGAUCAUGGACGUGCCCAAGCCUUAAAUGAUCUUCUAGAGUUCAAGUAUGGGUUCAAAGGGUUACGUCCAGAAAUAGGAACACCCUCUGUAACAACACCUGACAUUUUUAGUUACCUACCAUCAAAUUUAGCUUUCAUAGGUAUCAACGAGGGAGCAAUAGUUCUCUGGGUGAACGAGAAAGGAAAAGAAAUCAAAACCAGGAGUGCUCAGAUUGAUAUCUCCGUCACAACCUAUUUUCAGUCUCUUUUGGAAACUACACAUAAAGAAAUAGGUGUGAGAGCUGAUGUUAAUUGUGAAGAUCGCUCAUUAAGGAACCCAAGCGAUAAAAAGUUACCAGAAGCCAGAUCCAGUAAGCCAAAGUCACAUCCUUCGUAUUUUGAGACAAAGUCAUUACAAACAUUGUACAAUGUUGUUAUUGACCCUAUAAGAGACUUACUCCAGGCCGAUGAGGUUGUGGUCGUUCCACAAGGACCUCUCUGUUUGGCGCCUUAUGCGGCUUUUUUGGACUUAAAAUCAAAGUACCUCUGCGAAACUUUUAGAAUUCGUCUGCUUCCCUCCCUUUCCUGUCUGCGAUUAAUCCAAAAUUGUCCUGCAGAUUGGCACAGUAAGACUGGCGCUCUUCUCGUCGGCGAUCCGUGGGUACAGGAGGUAAUUUAUGAAGGAAAGAAAUUAAAGCAGUUGAAGUGGGCCGAAAAGGAAGUGCAAAUGAUCGGGGAAAUACUUCAAACUUCACCUCUUGUUGGAAAGCAUGCAACAAAAGAUGAAGUUUUAAGACGUAUUUCCUCAGUUGCUUUGGUGCACAUUGCUGCUCACGGUAAAUUGGAAACAGGAGAAAUUGCCUUGGCGCCAAACACAACACGUUCAUCCCCGAUUCCAGUCAAAGAAGACUAUCUCUUAACUAUGAAGGAUGUUUUAAAGGCGCAGAUUAAGGCAAGACUUGUUGUACUCAGUUGCUGUCACAGUGCUCGCGGAGACGUCAAAUCUGAGGGCGUGGUCGGUAUUGCACGGGCAUUUUUGGGUGCUGGUGCUCGUUCUGUUCUGGUUUCCCUAUGGGCGAUUGAAGACGAGGCUACGAUGGAGUUCAUGGAAUUUUUCUACCGACAACUAGUCAAGGGAAGAAGUGCCAGUGAGGCUCUGAAUGAGGCCAUGAAAUCCAUGAGAGAAUCUGACCGCUUUACUGCAGUGAAGUACUGGGCACCCUUUGUUCUCAUUGGUGACGACGUGACGCUUGAGUUUGAGGGCAUCAAUUAAAUAGCAAGGUAUUUUGGGAUGUAUUUAAACCUGGGAUCAUAUUACGUGUUUAAACAAAAUUUUUACAGGGCAACGAACUCAACCGGCGCCACCUAACAUCAAGUUGCCAAUCACAGGUCAUGUCAGCAGUUAAAAAGGACUCUGACUUUAGGAUAUUUUAAGCAGUCAAACACAAGAACAUUUCUGUACAUUACAAGGUGUUAGUGGCCCUGUUUGAGUUCGUUCCAUUGUAACAUUACAGUAGAACCUGCCGUAAGGGACCACCUAAAAUGCCAAUAUUUGCCGGUCACUUACGAACGGUAGUCGCUUAGGAGUGGUUCCAGGUAUAGUGCUUUGGGUGGAAAAAUGAUUUUGGUAUUUUUGAUGAGUGGUCGGUUAUGAGAUGUAACAGAAGUCAUACUCACCGACUGAAAGGUAGGAACCUACCAUAAAUCCUCUAUUAAGCCCCCCUCCGGGGAACUUAUUUCUUUCAAGCAUGUUUAAGGGGGGGGGGGUUAUUAGAGAGGGGGUUAUUUAAUUAAGCCAAGAUUGUGGUAUGACUAUCGAUUCUCUAUUCCGAAUAGAGACCGAAGCUAAAGUAGAAAAACUGAAGCAUAUGAAGUUGGAGGUCGCGCAGCCGAAGAUCAAAAACAAAUUUGAACUUCCAGGACAUGAAUAAACCGUAACGGGAUCAGUCCACGUGAGGUGUUACAAUCGUGAUUAAUUAUUACAUCUACCAUACGUCUGUUAUUUAAGAAUAGGGGGAGGGGGGGUUAAAAAGAAAGAAUUUUCUUCCCUGAAAUUGGGGGGGAGGGGCUUAUUGGAUAGGGGGGCUUCAUAGAGGAUUUACGAUAUGAAAGUAUCAAUAAUCUACAAUAAGGCUCUUUGUAGAAUGAAGUUACCAGUUUAAAUAUUAUCCUUUGCUCUAACAGAUUUAGAAUAUUGUACCUCACCGGCGUAAAUCACUUUUCUUUCCUUUUACUAGCUUGCUAACGUUUCUUUUUCUUGUUUUUGUUGUAUAGGUACGAAGCGAAUGCAGUGAAGCGGUUCCUAUCUGAAGCUGAACUCAGUUUUUUUGUAUAACAAAUACAAAGUGGAGCGUUCAUCGCGUAGGAACUUCUUAUCCCGAAGAGAAAAUCAAGUGUACUUUUCGUAGAUUGUUUUAGAAGACUAGUCGUGUGCACACCUUGUGCGGUAGUAACUUGUUCAGUAGUCACCUGAGAAGGACAUCAGGAAUCAGUAGUCAAUUCUUAUUUUUAUUAUUAUACCAUAUUUUACAGAGUCAUUUUAGACGUGUCUAUUGACAAUAUGAUAUAGUUUUUGAUGCUUUUAUUAUAGUUACACAGUUGUAGUUUUUAUUCUUUUGGCUGAUCAGUUUACUCUUACUGUCUACAAAGGUCUCAGUUCUAAUUUUGUAGUCAAAUUGCUUAUUCAAUUGCUGGGUUAAAUCACUAAUUUUGUAGUUUUACAUUUACUCGCUUUUAGUUAUGCGUAGGACUGCUAUUUCAUAGGUUUGUUCGCGUGUGGUUUGUUUCAAUAUCAAGUUUUCUUAUUUCUAUUGUUGGCACCUUUUAUCUGCAAGUUGGUCGUAACUUUGCCGUUUACUGUACCCCUUUUUCCUGUCGCAGAAUUCAUUUGUUUAACUGCGUAUAAAUACGACUACUUAAUUCAGAUGCUCCAGUUUCUUGGCUCGGCUAGUUAGCUUUGCUAUUUACCUGUGGAGCUUAAGUCCCCAGAAGGUCUCGACCUCUGGUAAUUUUUUACUGUUUGGCCAACUCAUGAUUAGUCACCCCUCCCCUUCACAACUUAGAUCUUCGUGUCGGCAAACGAUACACAGCGAGGAACUCGGAGACAAACGAUUUGGUUUCUUAGGACAGUGUAAGAACCUGUGAGACCUUGUUGGGCAAUUGAAACAACCCCAGCCACAGGGUAAGGUUCUAUACUAAAUUAGUCAUACGCAUUCAAAGCAACAUCUGGUCUCAACUUUUCUAUCUCACGGCGUCUUUAGCCCUGUUGUGACACCGCGUGAACGGAUGGCUCUACGCAAGUUUGCAAAAAAAGAAAAAAGGAAUGCACAUGAAUUGACCUCACGAAGUGUCCUUUGCACAAACGCUACAAAUUCCAGUUAGCGUACUCUAUUUUAUUUGCUUAUUUUAUUGCUUUGUUAAUUGGACCCCCGAGGCCCCUAUAUUCAGGCUAGUUCGGUUUAUGCCGCGGUUCAGGCACAAAAUCAAAUACAAAAUUUCAAAAACCAGAAAAACAAAUAUUAAAAAAAUUCAAAAUUAAACGCAAAAUACAAGUUUCCAGUUUUAUUCGCUGCGCUUUUGUUUUUUUCUCUUUAAGACAAUUAUCGUUUUAACUUCAUUUUUUUUCUCCACUCAGCUGAGGACAGCUGAAACUUAAGGUGGAGGAAUGUGAAGAGAGAAUUUAUUGUUAUUAAGUUAUUUUGCUUUCGCUGAUAAAAAAUAUGAAAAGCCAAUGUAGAAAUUCUUUAUUCUUUAGUCCUAGCUUCUCUAAAAGGUAAACAACCUGUUGAUAUUUAUUGAACGUAAACUUAUUUUUCGAGUCAUGAUUGUAGUAGCCUCUAAGCUAUAAUUAACCUGUGAGGAACCGUUAUAUCCACUUGUGUAAACUUUUGGAAGUAAUUAAUGCUUCACUACAAGCUUCCAUUUCCACCAAUAGUCUUUCAGAAAUGAUUUUUGUAUUCGGUUAUUUUGACACGUUGAGUUAUGAUGUGAUCUGUAUCGCAUCAUUAAUAGCUUAGACUUAAAUACGAGUGCUGUGUAUGAAUUUCUACGGUUACAUCCUGGUUACGUCUUGGAUUAAACCUCUACAUUGGAGCCAACUUCUGUGUACAAUUGUUGUCUCAAGGGUAUUCAACAGGCGAAAGGGAUUCCGCGCCUUUUCGCAGCCAGCGAGUGUCCUCAGGAAAAGUCCUUUCCCAGAGAGCAUUGUAGAGUUUUCCCCGUCGUCCGUUUGUCCUUUUAUGAUGACAGAAAUCUAUUUCCACACUGGUGUUUAAAUGAAAAACCUGUUUUCAAAUUUGGAUACAUCGUUUCUUUUCCUAACGAAAAAUUCUAAUGAUCCAGAUUUGUUAUCUGAUCUUAGAUUUUGAUAAAGAAACGUACUCUUAGUUUCCAGUUUAGUUAGCUCGGCUAGUUAGCUUUCUAAGUUAGCUGUCAGCUCCCCAAAAUGUCUUGUUCUUUGAUAAUUUUUUACUGUGUGGCCCUCUCAGUCAUCCCUCCCUUCACAACCUAGUUCUUCGUGUCGGCAACCGUUAACCGAUAUACAGGUUUGGUUUUCUAAGACAGUCAGAGGCGUUGCCACCAAUUUGUUCCUUUUAAGCCCAAGUUCUAGAAGUCUUGAAAGGGCGGGGGUCGGGGGAGGGGUUGAGAACAUAAAAAAAAAACUGGAUAGUACAACAUUUUCAAGGGAAUUACCUUAAUAAAUUCUUUAGAAAUGCUUAUUCCCAAGAGACUCGAAUUGUUUGAGUUGAAUUCUAAAAUAUGGAAAUUGGUCAAUUCGUGUGGAGUGGUCAAACAGUCGUUUUGCCAGAGAGAGAUGAGUAACUCAAAGGAAUACUAUUCUUAACGUUAAGGCAGAGUAGUUUUGGAAACUCUUUCGGACCUCCCACUUCGACAGAGUUUUUUGUCCGUCGUCCAACGAGUCACGUUGCAAACAAGGACGUUCGCAGGUAAAAAUUGGAGAUGUAAUUUCAAAUUCGUUUAAAAGUGACGCGGCCGGUGAUGCGAAUAUCUAGUUUGCGCUAUGACAACAGCCGACGAAGAAAGAGAAGUCCAAGAAAAUGUGGUAAGUACAUUAAAUUGGAAAAAUUCUGACUUGUGCAGUUUUAGUGGGAUGGUUAAGCAUGUUCAGAGGAACAUGAGCAGGGGAAUGAAAAAAUAUAUUGCCGCAUAGUUCUGUUAUUGUUAUCAGCUCUGAUUGUUUCAAACCCCGCACUCCGCCUCUAUUAAAUCAAAGCCGCCACCAACGUUUCAGACAGUGAAUAAUACUGCGAGGGAUUAUUUAACAAAUGAUUCUCCUAAAAAGAACAAAAAUAACCGAGAAAAGGGGAAAAUAACUGCUGUAAAUACACUGUCUUUAAAAUAUGAAUAAAUAAGAAAACCAGCACGUGCUCCAGAAUUUUUUACAGCCAUAACAUGCAUCAGGGGCACCCAAUAGAUCUGUUUCUAAAAAAAUAUAUGUUCUUCAGGUCAAUUUUUGCUGGAUGGGAGUUUGGAAGAAGUGAUAUGUCCAAAGAUGGAAAGUGUUGCUUGGAAAAAUAUAACUGUGGGUGUCUGUUGGGAUUUGAUGUGUAGAAUACCUGGCAUGAGUUUUUGGCCAGAAACGUCCCCACCCCCUGAAGGGAUAAAUUCGCCUUUUGGCCACACCCAUGUUUCUAUGCCCCCUCUACCCCCCCCCAAUUUCUGAAUUUUUUCCUGUGGCCUCACCCAAACCGGUCAGAAGUGUCUCGAGAUACGUCUGCUGGGAAACUCCCCAGUACGUCAGGUUGCAUGUUGUAGGUACACCUUGCUGCCUUGGAACUCUUCCAUCAGUCUUGCUGGGAGUGAGGAACACACACAUUUUUUCCAGCAAUCUCCCAAUCGAAGUGACUACACAUAGAGAGAGAGUCAAAUAAAGGUAAAGGUACUGAAGUAAAGCAGUCCCCACCCCUUCCAUUUUCUCAGGGAAACGCCCUGGGAACAAGGUUAAAGCGGGGACCCCCCUCCUUGAGUCUUUUGUGAAAGGAAAACACCUGUUUCCACACUGGUGUUUAAGUGAAAAACAUGUUUUCACAUUUGGAUACAACGUUUCUUUUCCUAAUGAAAAAUCCCAAUGAUCCGGAUUUUUGAUCUGAUCUUGGAUUUUGGUAAAGAAACGCUUAGUUAGAAACGUUUAGUUAGCUUGGCUAGUUAGCUUUCUUAUUUAGCUGUCAGUGGAGCUUAAUUAGCUCCCCAAAGUGUCUCGAUCUCGGGUAAUUUUUUACUGUGUGGCCCUCUCAGUCACCCCUCCCUUCACAACUUAGUUCUUACUGUGUGGCCCUCCCAGUCACCCCUCCCUUCACAACUUAGUUCUUACUGUGUGGCCCUCCCAGUCACCCCUCCCUUCACAACCUAGUUCUUACUGUGUGGCCCUCUCAGUCACCCCUCCCUUCACAACUUAGUUCUUACUGUGUGGCCCUCUCAGUCACCCCUCCCUUCACAACUUAGUUCUUACUGUGUGGCCCUCCCAGUCACCCCUCCCUUCACAACUUAGUUCUUACUGUGUGGCCCUCCCAGUCACCCCUCCCUUCACAACUUAGUUCUUACUGUGUGGCCCUCUCAGUCACCCCUCCCUUCACAACUUAGUUCUUACUGUGUGGCCCUCCCAGUCACCCCUCCCUUCACAACUUAGUUCUUAGUGUGUGGCCCUCUCAGUCACCCCUCCCUUCACAACUUAGUUCUUACUGUGUGGCCCUCUCAGUCACCCCUCCCUUCACAACUUAGUUCUUACUGUGUGGCCCUCCCAGUCACCCCUCCCUUCACAACUUAGUUCUUACUGUGUGGCCCUCUCAGUCACCCCUCCCUUCACAACUUAGUUCUUAGUGUGUGGCCCUCUCAGUCACCCCUCCCUUCACAACCUAGUUCUUACUGUGUGGCCCUCUCAGUCACCCCUCCCUUCACAACUUAGUUCUUACUGUGUGGCCCUCUCAGUCACCCCUCCCUUCACAACUUAGUUCUUACUGUGUGGCCCUCCCAGUCACCCCUCCCUUCACAACUUAGUUCUUACUGUGUGGCCCUCUCAGUCACCCCUCCCUUCACAACUUAGUUCUUACUGUGUGGCCCUCUCAGUCACCCAUCCCUUCACAACCUAGUUCUUACUGUGUGGCCCUCUCAGUCACCCAUCCCUUCACAACUUAGUUCUUACUGUGUGGCCCUCCCAGUCACCCCUCCCUUCACAACUUAGUUCUUCGUGUCGGCAACCGAUAUACAGUUUCGGUUUUCUAAAGGUGAUGUUACACGAGACGAUUUUAGCGCAACACAGCGUUGCAACAUUGUUGCAACAUUGUUUCGAAUCGUUACAACAUUGUUCCAACAUUGCAACGCUGUGUUGCGCUAAAAAUCGUCGUUGCGAAUCGUCCCGUGUAACAUCACCUUAAGACAGUCAGGGGGGGGGCUGUCACCAUUUUUUUCCUUUUAAGGCCGAGUUUGUGGAAUUCUUGAAAGGGCGGGGCUCGGGGGAGGGGGUGAGGACAUAAAAAAUCUGAAUAGUACAUCAUUUUCAAAGGAAUUACCUUAAUUAAUUCUUUAGAAAUGGUUAUUCCCAAGAGAGUCGCAUUGUUUCAGGUUGAAUUCUAAAAUAUGGAAAUUUGUCAAUUCGUGUGGAGUGGUCAAACAGUCGUUUUAUCAGAAAGAGAUGAGUAACUCAGAGGAGUACUAUUCUUAACGUUAAGGCAGAGUAGUUUUGGAAACUCUUUCGGACCUCUCACCGCGACAGAGUUUUGUGUCAGUUGUCCAAUGAAUCAAAUAAGGACGUUCGCGGGUAAACGUUGGAGAUGUAAUGUCAGAUUCGUUUAAAAGUGACGCGGUAAGUCAUGCGAAUAUCUAGUUUGCGCUAUGACAACCUGACAGCCGCCAAAGAUUUAGCCGGAAGUCCAAGAAAAUGUGGUAAGUACACUAAAUCGAAAAAUUCUGACUUGUGUAGUUUUAGUAGGAUGGUUAAACAUGUUGAGCCGGGGAAUAUGAGCAGGGAAUGAUAAAAUAUAGUCCAUUGUUCUCUUAUUGUUAUCAGCUACCAAUUGUUUCAACCCCACACCCCGCCCCUAGGCAAUAUAAGCCGCCACCAACUUUUCAGACAGUGAAUAAUACUGUGAUGGAUUAUGUAACAUAUUCCCCUAAAAAGAACGAAGAAAACCGAGCAAAGGAAAAAUAAUUGCUGUAAAUACACUGUCUUUAAAAUAUGAAUAAAUAAGAAAAUCAGCACGUGCCCCAGAAUUUUUCACACCCAUAAAAUACAUCUCUGAGCAUGCUCAGCACUUUUGGGCCUUUUAACAGACCGAAAAAGGAGCCCAUAACCCGGAGAGAGCAACUCCAAUACUAGGCCUAUGUCAGGGCGUUUUUACGGACCAUUUUAUUUUUAGACACAUUUUAGGGCACUUUUUCCCGCGAACACAGAAUCUCCACCAUGUCUCUGAGGGCAUUCGAAGUAUAAGAUAUCAAAAACGAAACUAAACGUUAUUAAAAGGCAAAAAAUAUCAUUUUUAGGUCUGUAGGUUUUGCUGACUGGUUCGUGGAAUUUAAAAGAUAUUUAAACUGGUCCAUGAAAACGCCGUCAGACACGAGCUCAUGGAAGUUGCUCGGUCCGGGUUAUGGGCUCCUGACCGAAACUGACAGCUAGAUGUGCCGCUACCCUUUCAUAAACUUCAACUGGUGAAAUCCCUUUUCUUUCAUACUGACCUGAAGCCUGAAAAAGAUACCCCUUUCGGGCGGAGCCUUCCUAUGUAGGCCAUUACAGAAACUUGAAAGUACCCCCGUGUGGCAUUUCAUUCUCCGAAAAGAAACCUCGACGUUUAUACCACCAAAAUGAUAUUCAGUUAUUGAAGAUAUACCGACUCUAAAUUCAACUUCAUUUCUAUCACCUGAAAAGAGGGUUUUUGGAAGUGUUAAGGGUAGGGGUAAUCAUUGAAUGAAAGGAAGCGUCUGGCAUAUAGUAUAGCUAUAUACUGAUUCUGUUGAACCACUGAUAUGAUAAUGAGCGGGGAAAUGUGUCAAACCUGAAGAUACCCUGGGGGUUCGACUGAAGCACUGCAGUCAACUCCGUGUAUCCCGGACACCUUUUGUGUCUGUUAUAGAGAAGUGACUACCUAUAUAGAAAGUCAAAUAAAGGUACUGAAGCAAAGCAUUUCCCGCCCCUCCCAUUUUCUCCGGAAAACGCCCUGGAAACGGGCUUAAAGCGGGGACCCCCUCUUUGGUCCUCUUUGACUCCGUUGUAGGGAGGUGGCCGUUAGGAGACUGGGAACUAUAUUGCCGCCAGAUCACAGAAAACUUCAAAUCUCAGAGCCGGAACAAAGACAUCCGAGAGGGGGAGAGGUUGGGGCUUAAAUUCUUCAACAGAAAGAAAACGUUGGACGAUGAUUUUACCAGCAUUGUAGGAGAUCCUCGUAAGAUGUUUCACAGACCAUUGGCACUGCAGCCAGCACCAACACCAGAUUUUUUGUUUCCUCCUUACGCUGAACGUUAAAAAUACGGUGCAUUUGGGUGAUGGCGACAUUUGAUUACAACUAGUGGAAUCCUUCAGUAAUUUGGGGUUACAUUUACCUGAGGAACUGCUCCCAGUGGAGCUAGCGAGCGGUACUGGCUACCAAACAAUACUUUAAAGCAGCAUAAAGAGCAACGCUAGAACCCAUCCCAGUCACACACAUCUACUUCGGUUGUUUAAGACAUCGAUAUUGAUCAAACAGAACCAUCAAUGAGUUCCCACCCCGGGGGGAGAAAAACUCCUAACCGAGCUGUUUACUUACUGACAAGAGAGCAUCCUCUCUUGCUUACAGAUGAGCACGGAAAGCGACAAUUUGUCUAGCCUGCGUAGCAAGCGACAAAAGGGUAGCCUGUAAAAAGGCUCUCUGUUUGGGGAAAGUGUGAUCUGAAAAAAUCACGAGGUUUUUUUUCACCCUUUACCCAAACAGAGAGCUUGUUCACAAGCUAACAAAAGGGGUAAGGGAUUCGGAGCAAGGGGGGAGGGGAGGGGAGGGUAAUUUGAUUCCAUGGGAUUAGUAGAGGAUUAAAACUUGUAAACUGCCUCAAUCUCAUGUAAUGUUGAAAUUUGUAGUACCUUGAUAAAAUUAUAGGGGAUCAGUAGAAAAUUGGGAGGAAUUGAGGGAAAACUAUCUUUCGUAAUACAACCACUGAAAUUUGUCACCAGUCCGGUUGUCAACAACAACAACAACAACAUAAGCUUUAUUUGCAUGACUAUAGUUAUGUAGUUACGGUAUUGCAAAGGCUUUAACAUAAAGUUGCAAUUUAUAAGUAAAUGAUAAUGCAAUGCAAUGAUUACCACAGUCAAUCAAAUUUCAUCAGCAUGAUUUGAUGACAAAUUAGUACGUAAAUCAGUACAUAAUAAGACAAAUUUCAACACAUGUGAAUUUACGGGAAAAUUCUGUGAAUUCAUCAAUUUAAUUAUUAAUUCUGUGUAAGAUAGCUGAUUAAAGUCGACAAAAGUUUGUUGGA